CUUGGGAAGUGGAGGCGCUGAUCGGCGCAAGGGCAGGGCGGCUCGAUCGAUUGGUAGAUUCAUCUCCGCGAAGAAAUGCCUCCGAAAGCCGCCGACAAGGGGUCCAAGGAGAAGCAGAAGGCCGAUUUGGCGAAGAAGCAGAAGCUCGUGGAGGACAAGACAUUUGGGCUCAAGAACAAGAACAAGAGUAAGAAUGUCCAGAAGUAUGUGGCGAGCCUCCAGCAAUCCGUGCAGUCUCGUGUCAAGCGCGAGGAGGAUCCCAAAGCUGCUCAGAAGAAAAAGAAGGAAGAGGAAACUCAGCGGGAGAAGGAGCUGAAUGAGCUCUUCAAGGUUGCCAUCAGCCAGCCGAAAGUUCCAGUUGGUGUCGAUCCAAAGUCAGUCGUUUGCGAGUUUUUCAGGAGGGGACAGUGCGCCAAGGGAUUCAAGUGCAAGUACUCUCAUGAUCUCAAUGUGGAGAGAAAGGGAGAGAAGAUCGACCUCUACAGUGACCAGCGUGAUAAUGAGACCAUGGAAGAAUGGGACCAGGAGACGCUGGAGAAGGUUGUGGAAUCCAAAGGGAACGAGUACAUGAACAACAAACCAACCGAGAUAGUGUGCAAGUACUUCCUGGAUGCCGUUGAGAAGAAGCAGUAUGGCUGGUUCUGGGUGUGUCCCAAUGGUGGUAAAGACUGCCAUUACCGACAUGCGUUGCCACCAGGGUACGUUCUGAAGUCUCAAAUGAAGGCGUUGCUGGAGGAGGAAGCUGAGAAACUAAGCAUUGAAGAGGAGAUCGAAGAACAGCGAACAAAGGUUUCGACGACCACCCCUCUAAAUGCUACGAUCUUCAGCGAAUGGAAGAAGAGAAAGGAGCAGGAAAGGGAAGCGAUGUUGGCACAGAAGAGGGCUGAACGAGCGAAGAAUGACAGAAUGAGUGGAAGAGAACUCUUUGCCUCUGACGCAAGCUUGUUCGUCGACGAUUUGGAAGCUUGCGACGAGUAUGAGAGAGACGAAGAGGAACCCGGAAGUAGCUCCAAAGCUCAGGAUUCGAAGGCAACUGAUACCGCGGUAACUGCUGCUGCUGGAUCGUCGUCAGCGUCUGCGGAUCCAGCCGAGAUUGACGAGGACGACGAAGCGAUUCCAGACGUUGAGGACGAUGAUCUGGACGAGGACGAGCUCAACGAGUUGGAAGCUAGGCUAGCUAGUUCGGGCGUAGGUGGCGAUACUUAGACAAAGUUCCCGAGAUUCACGGUGGCUUUUAUUAAACCCUCGGCGAAAUGUUUGUUCUUCGUUCUUCCUGGCAAUUGGAAAGCUUUUGAAAA